ACAAAACUACCUCUUCAAGACCACGACGACUACAGUAUUGCCGUUUUGCUGCGUUGCACUUGCAGUGACGACAAAGGAUCAAAAACCUUCUCAAAAUCCAAUCUUUAAGAUCUGCAAAGCACAAUCAUCACAUUAUUUUUUCAUUCCAGAAAAAAUCCCCCAAAAAAACCCAAAUUAAAUAAAUAAAAAGGGGAAAAUUUGAUGGAGCGAACACAGGGAAAGAGCAGCGCUAAGAUGUGGAUGGUUUUGAUGUGUUUGGUGUUUAUCUUCGUUGAUCGGAUUGAGUCCCUUUCUGUGACAGUGAAUGAAGUUGAGUGUCUGUAUGAGUAUGUUCUUUACGAGGGGGAUACGGUUUCCGGGAAUUUUGUUGUUGUUGACCAUGAUAUUUUCUGGAGCUCUGAUCAUCCUGGCAUCGAUUUCAAGGUAACUUCUCCUGGAGGUAAUGUUGUCCAAGAUAUCAAGGGAACUUCUGGAGACAAGUUUCAAUUCAAGGCCCCAGUACAUGGAAUGUACAAAUUUUGUUUCCAUAAUCCAUACUCGACACCCGAGACAGUUUCUUUCUAUAUCCAUGUUGGUCAUAUUCCCUCUGAGCAUGACCUUGCCAAAGAUGAGCAUUUGGACCCAAUUAAUGUUAAAAUUGCCGAGCUGAGAGAGGCAUUGGACUCUGUUACAGCUGAACAAAAGUACUUGAGAGCCCGUGAUGCAAGACAUCGUCACACAAACGAGAGUACACACAAGCGCGUAAUCUUCUACACUGUGGGAGAGUAUCUUCUGUUGGCUGGUGUUAGUGCACUGCAGGUCAUAUACAUCAGGCGCCUUUUCAGCAAGUCUGUGGCAUACAACCGUGUUUGAGUCCUCUCCCUCAUUAAUCUAUAAUGACUUCUUUCUUUUAGUUAAAUUAAAUUAAAGGGUUAUUAGGGGUUUAUAGACAUGUUUUCUCUGAGACAUUAUGAUUAUUAUUCUUGGUGAUGAACAUUUUGUUGUUCUCUUUCCGACUUGUACUCUGAUACAACAAGGUUUUUGUAUUCCAAAGUUUUUAAAUCAUGUGAGACUAAUGUUAUGCAAAA